AUUUAAAAAGAAGAAGAAGAAGAAGAAGCAACAGAGCGGAGUGAUCUUCUUCUUCGUUUCUGUAGACGAUCUUUGUUGAAACCCGGAAGUAGUUCUCCCUUUACAGCUGGCGUCUCUGUUAUGAUGGAGAAAACUCUGAUAUUCAGCUUUCAGUGUUUUAUAAUUAAACCAGUCUGUACUGUAUCCUGAUGAUGGAGCUCUCAGUGAGAGUUUACAGUCAGUGAGGGGAGGAGAGAGUGAGUUAUUACAGUGUGGAGCCCCAACUGGGAGAGCUAACGGUCCUAGCUUAGCGUUAGCUCGAUUAGCUUCAAACUGGAGGAUCUGUGUUUAAUUCACGAGGAUUAAAGGUCCGACCGUCAGGAUGGACAUCAGCAUCGCCGUGUCGUUGAUCCGAGGUCAGAUGGGCACCGUGGUGGAGCAGGCGGUGAACGGGGCGGUGGAGACGGUGCUGGCCGAGAUGCUCAAAGUGGUUGGAGCUAAAUUCGAGGAGCUGAAAGGUCAGGUGGCGCACAUGAAGAGAGACAUCGUGUCUCUGCAGAGGGAGAAGGCCCUGAAAGAGAAGGAGAACGAGAACAUCCGAGCCAAGCUGCGCUACACCGAGCUGAAGCUGAAGUACUACCGGCAGGGCGUGGAGGAGGAGCUGCAGCAGAGGGCGUCAGCAUCCGGCCUGGUCCGCAUCCACCCGCCCACUUUCCUCCCAUCGCAGAGGGGUGGAGCCGGAGUCUCCUCCAACGAGGUCUCUGCAUCCUGCUCCGCUCAGAACAGGACUAGUGAGGGGGGACUGAUGAGGACCAGUCAGGAAUGCACCUCUCCACUCAACAACAAGAGGAGGCGUGGGAUCAGAGCGCGCUGUCAUGCAGACCUGUCUGACCUGCUGCCUCCGGCCUCGCUCUCUGCGGACACACCGUCAGAGUCUGUGGACAGCAGCACAGUGUUGUUCUCCCCCGUGGAGCAGGAAGCGACUCAGAGCCCGGACGACGAUCAGGAGGAGGACUGUGAGUGGAGCAUCGCCACGGAGCCUCACACGGACGCUGUGGACUCUGUGGAGGAUCCUCCUCAAGUCCAGACCCUGACUCUGGACUCAGGGCAGCCAUCAGAGAGCUCCAUCCAGGCUGACUGCUCCACUCCGCACUCCUCUGCUCCACAGGUGAAGCAGGAACCCCAGCAGCAGGAUGUGAUCUGCAUCAAAGAGGAGCCGGAGGAGGAGCAGGUGAGCGCUGCCCUGCUCAUGGACUGUCAGGUGCAGCAGAGUCAUCCUCCAGAAAGCGAGGCUCUGAGCUCUCUGACAGAGUGGCCCGAACAUCCAGACCACCAGAGAAACCACAGCGCAGUGUUCAGCGCAGCGGGAACAAACAGCUAUGUGAUGCCUCAGCCGUCCGCUCUGCCUUCACUGGCGGCCUUACAACCCCCCAACGCCCCUCACCAGGUGGAGCCUCCGUGGACCAAUGACCUCAGCCUCUACGAGGAGUACAAGAUGCGCAGGAACGAGCUGCGGCGCAUGAACCUGAGCCGACGCAGAGAGCUGGAGAAGAUGCUGCCUCAGCCUCUGCUGGCUGACCUGGUGCGUGAGCGCAGAGAGAAGACCAGACUGAGAGUGGCCCGAUGGAGGGCGAAGAGGAAACUCCAGGCGGGUCUGAACCAGAUUCAGCCUGAAGGUGGCGCUGCAGGCUUCUCUUCUAACGGCUUCCCCCUCAGCGGCCAGCAUCAGCAGCUCAGAGCCGCCUGUGCGUCCUCCUCCGGCGGUCAGCAGAGACAGAGCUCGCCGCUGCCUCCGUCCAGCAGCUUCCUCAACAACAGCCUCUCCAACACUCUGUCCUUCAUAUCAGCCUCCUCCUCCUCCUCCUCUUCCUCUCUGCACCUGAGUAACUCCAGCAUGGCUCUUCAUCCACACGCCGUCACGUCCUCCUCCUCCUCCUCCCCGUCGUACCCGCAGGUCAGCCUGUCCCAGCACGGCCUCUCUCUGGGAGACCCUGACAUCAUACAGUGCCGAGUUUAAAGACAGAGGUGACUCAGACGUGAGGCGGCCAUCUUUAAUCUGAGAGUUUAAAGCCAGAGGUCACUCAGACGUGAGGCGGCCAUCUUUAAUCUGAGAGUUUAAAGCCAGAGGUCACUCAGACGUGAGGCGGCCAUCUUUAAUCUGAGAGUUUAAAGCCAGAGGUCCCUCAGACGUGAGGCGGCCAUCUUUAAUCUGAGAGUUUAAAGCCAGAGGUCACUCAGACGUGAGGCGGCCAUCUUUAAUCUGAGAGUUUAAAGCCAGAGGUAAUUUAGACGUGAGGCGGCCAUCUUUAAUCUGAGAGUUUAAAGUCAGAGGUAAUUUAGACGUGAGGCGGCCAUCUUUAAUCUGAGAGUUUAAAGCCAGAGGUAACUCAGACGUGAGGCAGCCAUCUUUAAUCUGAGAGUUUAAAGUCAGAGGUAAUUUAGAUGUGAGGCGGCCAUCUUUAAUCUGAGAGUUUAAAGUGUGAGGUAACUCAGACGUGAGGCGGCCAUCUUUAAUCUGAGAGUUUAAAGCCAGAGGUCACUCAGACGUGAGGCGGCCAUCUUUAAUCUGAGAGUUUAAAUUCAGAGGUAAUUUAGACGUGAGGCGGCCAUCUUUAAUCUGAGAGUUUAAAGUUUGAGGUAACUCAGACAGGAGGCGGCCAUCUUUAAUCUGAGAGUUUAAAGCCAGAGGUUACUCAGACGUGUGGCGGCCAUCUUUAAUCUGUGUGAGGUGUAAUCUGUGAAACUCUAACACCUGAAAGAAGAGGCUGCAUGUUCAGAGUUCAGGUCUUUAUGAGCAGAGAAAACAAACAUCCUGAAACACACCAACAUGAAGACGUCACUGAGCUGGGAUUAAAUAUUAAAUAUGAAAAUAACAUCAGUAAUAAUCUGUCUUUGAGUCACAGUCUGUGAGGUGAUAUCAGUGUUCAUGUAUUCAUAUGUCAGUGUCUGAAGAAGGAGACGUCUCAGUGAGCUCGUCAGACUCUGUAAAGUGACUGUAAAUAGAUCCUCUCUGUACCUUGUACCUGUCCUGAUUCACACACACACUCACCUGAGAGUGUGUGUGUGUGUGUGAUAAACUCCUCCAGUAUUUGCAGACUCUGUUUGUGUUGAUGUCCUGUGAGCAGCUUCUUCUGUGUGAGGUUAUGGAUGUUACAUUUCUACAGGUGAUGAAAAUGUGUGCAGCUCUUUCACAGGAUGCUUCUCUGAGACGUGAAGUCCUUUAAAACCAACAAACUAUUAGAGGUGUAAGGAUAUAUCAUGAGACAGUAAAACAUCCAUUCAACAACAUUUAUACUGUGAGAUUAUUUUCAAACAGUCAGAGGUGAAGUUCUUGUUAGAUAAGUGCGAUCAGCUCCUCCAGAUCAGAGUGCUGCUUUCUUCUGAACAGCCCUAAUAUACAGAAAUGUCUCUUCAAAGGAUGCUUCAGAUGAUGUGAUGAUUCUGGGCUAACAUCAGGAGUAUCUCCUUAGAGCUGAGUCCAAGUAGGAAGCACAGAUUGAUCAGGCUGUCAGUGGAUCCAUGAUGCAGGGAACUGGGAAAGGGCAGCUUGUUAACGAUCUACAGAUACAAAGGUUUCUUGUAAAUGUUUCACUUCACAAACUCAACAUUUUGGAGUUUGAUUUCUCAGAUUUACGACUUUAAAAACUCAAACAUUAAAAUUUCUCUGGUGGCCCU